AUGAAAACGGGGGGUCACGGAAGUAAGGGUGUUUCUGAUACGGAUUCAAAUACGCCAAAAAAAUGUUGUACAGCUGCUCAACCAUUGAUUAAAAUAACUACCAGCUCAACGACACCAUAUCCAAAUUCGCAAACUUCAUCGCAAGGCGCCCCUUACGGGCGUAGCUUGCCUACAGGAAUGGAAACUGUUGUUGCAGAAAAAAUCGGAGGAAAUUCAAAUUCAUCAUUAUCAGAGUGUAUGUGCGGUAAAAAAGCUAAUUUAGAAGUUUUGGCUAGAAAUAUUUUAAAUGGUGGGAGGGAAAACAAAAUAAGAAGCUAUACGGCUCGCGAAAAACGCCAUAUGACUGAUGGAGCAGUCUCAAGAAGGUGGCUUGUUUUGAUGGAACCGAUCAGUGCUGUAUUCAUUGCAUGUACAUUAGGAGCAAAGGGUCGUAUUUUUCGAGUAGAUGACAGCAUGGCAACUUUGCUUGGCUAUGUUUCUAUGAGAGAGCUGUUAGGAACUGAAAUUGAAAAACUUAUUCCAGCUCUAAAGUUGGAUUUCGGAGAAGAAGAACAGCACGUUUGUGCUGUAGGCGUAAAAGGGAACUCUCUCCCGGUAACAGUUCGAGUUUUUGCCGAGAAGGAUCCCAUCACUCAGUGUGCAAUAAUGUAUGAACUGCAAAUAAGAGCUUUAUCGGCUGUGAACGGUGUGGUCACCCUAACAGACAGUGGCAACCUGCACAGUUUCAAUGAAAAUUUCAUUGAAGCACUUGUUGGGAAAGAGAGGAAAGAAAUGGCACUCAAUGAGGAUGCGAAUAUAACAGACUUGAUACCUGAGUUCCACUCGCAUAUUCGAAACAACUUUGAAUUAUGUGAGAAAUCGCCAAGUGAUUCAAGCAUUAUUGUUCCUGAUGUUCAGGAUCAGCAGCAUGAUUACUGUGAAAGAAAUAGAGGUUUUUUAUCGUCGUCUAGUCCACUGAAAGGAUCUCUGUUGGUUACCAAUUCUUGCCAAUCAGCUUCGGUAUGCGCUUCAGGAAAUGGAGAUCUUGUCGUUCCUACUCGCUCUACGGUUGCUGAGGACGUCGCUUCUUCGUCGAAAAACAAUGAUGGUGAUGUUUCAAAUGGAACUCGUUUAAAUGGAGAUUCAAAUAAAGACUCAAGGUUAAUACGGGAAGGGUCAUUUUUCGGAUUGGCUAAACAUUCAGAUUCGAACUUGAUUGCUGUUCGAUUCGACAUCAGACGUUUGGAUAUUGGCUUUCCUGCUAAUUGGGUUGUAUGUAUUGGCUAUGACAGAAGCGUUGACUUUGGCCUUUUUCAUGAAAAUGGUAUUACGCGCAAAGAUUCAGAUACGGCUUGUUCUUCUGUAGAUAAUGAGGAUGAUGUUGAAACCACUGAGGGAAAACAGUAUGGCCUUUCUUCAGGAAAUUCUGUUUCUCUACAGACACUUGAGGAUGAAAAUGCUGAAGCUGUACGAGGAGAGUAUUCUCAGAAAUAUAAUACAUUUCAUUUAAUUGGCAACGGCGCUUUCGGGUCUGUAAAGCUCGCUGCUCGCAAAGACUCUGGUCUUCUGGCUGUUGCUAAGUUUGUUUGCAAAGCGAAGGUCCUUCCGGAGAGCUGGGUCUCAAGUCCAAAACGGAGUAAUGCUAUGGUACCUAUUGAAAUUCACUUAUUAGAAACCCUCUCACAUCCUAAUAUAGUCAAGGUACUUGAUGUGUUUCAAAACGAUACUUAUUACCAGCUUGUCAUGGAGAAAUUGGGUUGUGGCAUAGAUCUCUUUGAAUUUAUUGAUAAUCAGCCAAGGCUAGAUGAACCACUAACGAGUUAUAUAUUUAGACAGAUUGUUAGUGCUGUCGCUUAUCUUCAUAGCAAUAAAAUAGUUCACAGGGAUGUAAAAGACGAGAACGUUAUAAUAGAUCAAAAUUUUUCUUGUAAACUUAUUGAUUUUGGUUCAGCGGCAUAUUUUGGGAGGGACAUUGUGUUUUCAACGUUUUGUGGGACGAUGGAAUAUUGUAGCCCAGAAGUUCUUAGUGGCAACAAGUACCGUGGUCCCGAAUUAGAGAUGUGGUCGUUAGGCGUUUUAUUGUACACAUUAGUUUACUUUGAAAACCCCUUCCGAACUCCACAGGAGACUGUGGGAGCGGAAAUUGAAUUACCGUGGGAUGUCUCUGACGGUUUGUAUCAAAUUAUAGCUUGGCUACUGCAUCGUGAUCCACGUUUGCGCGCUACGGUGGAUGAAAUAAAGAACCACUGGUGGGUCCAGCAGCCAGUCAAUCUGAGGCGAUACAAGUUUCAGGAAAUGCUGAAGUCUUGCGAACGUGCUCAAAUUGAUCCACCGCAGUACGCUUCUGAGUUGGCUACACAUCUUAAGGACCAUCCUUCAUGUUCUACUUUAGAUCUUGAUUUUUCACGGUCAGUGCAGGAUACAAAUGCUUUACACGCUCGGUAA